GAAUCGAGGCUAGGAUAUAUCCAGAACUAGCCCCCAGACUCGAACUCGACUAGACUAUACUAGCACUGCACUGGCACCGUAGGCAAUAGAUUUUCUCAGAGUAAAAAUGGAUAAAUCAAUGUGUAAGUAUGGUCGAGAGUGCUACCGAAAGAAUCCUGAGCAUUUCAAGCAGUUCAGUCAUCCAGCUGAUGAAGAGUUGGAAGAACCGCCCAAGAAGAAACCAAGGACACAUUGUACUGAUGAACCAGUUCGCAUUACUGACAGCAGCACUGCCUUUUUUUACUUUACCAAAGUCAGAAACAUAGCCCCUCGCUUCAAUGAACCCACCAUGGCUAUUGGAAUCAAAGAUCUGCUGUCAGAGUCUGUGGGAGACCUUGUUAUGUCAGCUCAGUUUAACUACGUUUUUGACCUCCCUUGGCUGAUCCAGCAGUAUCCUGAAGCUAAACGGAGUACACCAAUGCUUAUUGUUUACGGGGACCAAAGAGAAACUACUCUACAACUAAGGAGGGAUGCAAAGCUGUUUCCAAACAUAACCCUCUUUCCUGCAAGAUUGGAAAUCAUGUUUGGAACUCAUCACAGCAAGAUGAUGUUUCUGCGAUAUAAAAGUGGAAUGCGUGUCAUUGUUCACACUGCAAAUCUGAUUGCUAAAGACUGGGAUCAAAAAACUCAGGGAGUUUGGAUCAGUCCAAUGUUUCCCUCAUCCAACACUACAACCCGGCCCAGUUCUUAUUUAUCACAACCAUCCUCUUCGACAGCUAGUCACUGCACUAAUUUCCAACACGAUCUGCUUGAAUACCUCGACGCAUAUGGUGGAUCUGCUCUAAAUGAGUGGAAGAAAUGGAUCAGGAAUCAUGAUAUGAGCUCCGCCAGAGUACGACUGAUAGCAUCUGUGCCUGGCGCUCAUACUGGAAGUAGCAUGCACAAAUGGGGGCACUUAAAGCUACGAAAGGUCUUAUCUGAGUUUGUCUCUGAGAGUGGUGUGGAUGAGCACUGGCCAGUGGUGGGUCAGUUUUCCAGUAUUGGGUCUCUGGGACCUGGUAGCAACUGGCUCUGUGCUGAGUGGCUCCAAAGCCUUUCAUCCUCAUUUACUACUAGAGGUUGUCUCAGUCAAAAGAAUCCUGAUUUAAAACUAAUAUUUCCAUCUGUUGACAAUGUGAGAAGAAGUCUGGAAGGAUACAUAGCUGGAGGUUCGAUACCUUAUUCGGUGCAGAAUGCACAAAAGCAGCUCUAUCUCAAGAGCUACAUGUGUCAGUGGAAAGCCGAAAGGACUGGAAGGACGCACGCUGCUCCUCAUAUCAAGACAUAUACAAGGCUAUCUCCAGACUGCCUAAAAGCACUCUGGUUUCUAGUAACAAGUGCCAACUUGUCAAAGGCAGCAUGGGGCUGCUUUGAGAAAAAAGGAACACAGCUCAAGAUCAGAUCAUACGAGAUUGGAGUGCUCUUUUUGCCAUCUGAUUUUAGCCCUGCUGGUACUGUUUUCAGUCUUCCAAGUGAUAAAAUGUCAGAUUCAAGUGACAAAAGUGAUUCCGAAGUGCAUUUGCGAUGUUCUCCGUUUGAUAUUCCUCUGACCAAGUAUUCAGCCAAAGGUGAGUAACAUGAACCGUGGGUAUGGAACACUCAGUAUCAUGAUCCCGAUCGCUGUGGUAACAUGUGGACACCUCCCAAGUAACAUUUAGGAAAUUUAUAACAGAUUAAUUAUGAUGCAAGCUGUGCAGAUAAAGUUAAUAUUAAUUAUAACAACGGGUUCCCUG